AUGUGCCUGGGCAGCGGGCUGGGCCCGGGCCCGCCCCGGGGCCCGCCCUGGGGGCCGCCCCCCUACGCCUGCGACUACCUCCGCCCCGCCGCGGCCACCACAACGCACUACCUCAUCAUUGACAGGUACCUGACGCUCUUGUCUCUCUCUGUGUUGCAGGACGCGACGGCGGAGCCGCUGAGGAUUGAGCCCGACGAUGGCCCUCCAAACUCAAAUCAGAUAGAUGCAGAUGACGAAUCUAAAAAACUUAAGUUUUCUCCUCCCUCUUUAAAUUUUUAUGAAUGCACCUUUGGAACAGCGCGCACUGAAAAGGUGCUUGUACAGAAUCCUAACAAGGAUAUAUCAGUACAUUUACUCUCCAUAUCAGGGACUAGUGCGCAUGUGCACAGUUCAUUUUUUGAAGACAAGGUGCUCCCACCUUUACAAAAUACAUCAUUUCACAUAGUUUUUGUUGUCCGAGAACUUGGGCCAUUUGCCAGCCCUUUAUUUAUUCACACCUCAGAGGGCUCGUACAAAUUUAUGGUUGAGGGAAUAGGAGUUGAUAGUCCAUUCCGCCUACAACCCAUAGUGGUGAAGCAAUUACCAUUAUAUGGCGUACUCAAACAGCCAAUAUCUAUUCACAAUCCUCAUCCAAUUCCAAUUACAAUCUUAGAGAUUGUGAAGAAUGUGGAAGAUCUAAGAUUGGAUUUACCUUCGGGAAGAGGGCAAGGCCCUCAAACAUUAUGGAAGGUAUCUCCUUACACAACAAAGACAAUCAUGAAUGCUCAUUUUAAAGCUUCCACAGUUAGUAACUAUACAGGUUACAUAAGAGUGAAAACAAGCCAGGAGGAUAUAUUAUUUAUUCCAGUUGACAUAUCUGUCACUCCUACUCCCGGUCUUUAUUUUUCGCAAGAUAAAUUUGACUUUGGAUAUGGCACUUCACUGCAGGAGCCAUCAAAAUUCACUUUAGAGUUAUUUAACAGCGCACACCGUGUCAUCAAAGUUAAUAAAAUUGAGGUGGAACCAGCUACAGAAGCUAUUAAAUUUACUUUUGAGCCACUGAAAGUAUUACCCAACAACACCCACCCAACAUUCAUAGCCUCAAUCUCCCUCGAUUGGAGUGUAGCGUGUGCUGACCGUCUUUCAACAGGAAGGAUUAUCCUUCGGUCCAAAGGGGGUCAACAAAUAUUAUCAAUUCCUUACACAAUUUUCCCUCAAGAGGGUGCAUUAGCAUAUGAUAAAAUUAUUACUACAUUCUGGUCAGGGAAUGAAGCAAGAAAUGCUAUGCUUAUAGAUUUUUGGGUAAGGAAUGACUUUAAAACCCCUCUUGCAAUAAGUAGAGUUGAAUUGCAACCCCUUUCAGCAAAGCAAAAGACCAAGGCUUUGAAGUUAGAGUCAAUCGUGGUUUCACCAGGAGAAAAACUUACCUUGAUGAAGUUAGGGAAAUCUUCCACAAUCAAAGGAAUGGCAUUUCUAGUCAUAUUUACUAAUGUAACAGCUACCAAUAUAACUUUAAAUAGCUAUGAUGGCAAGCUACAUCCUAUAAUGUUGUCACUGAGACCUGAUGAGGACUUAGAUCUUGGCCUUGUUGGCCAUGGGUGUUUUAAGGAAGGUUUUUUUGCCCUUCUCAAUCUGAACCCACUCCCUAUAAAAAUUACUGAGUGGAAAAUAACUUAUACUAAGGCUGACUUAGAGCUUCUUGGUAUUGACAAAGAGAAGUUUUCAACAACGAAUCUCCUGGCUCGUACAAGUUUUACAGAUUAUGAUAGAUCCAAUAUUCAACGCAUUGUGGAAGCAGGCAGCUAUGCUGUGUUUCGCCUCAGAGUAGAGGCUCCAAACCAUAAUGAAAAUAUUUUUGAAAACAUUAUGGUUUUUACUGAGUACGAGGACAUAAAGAUUCCUUUCAGAAUGACUGUUCUUGAUGGUUCCCUUGAGAUGGUGAAAGAUUCACUCUUCCUUUCAGAUUGCUUUCCUGGGAAGCAUUGCUUUGCUACAGUGCAAGUCCAGUCAACAUUUCCAGCAUUGAUGUUAGUAGAAUCUGUUGUGUCUGUUCCCCACUCAUCAGACUUGCGUUUUUAUUUCCCACAAUUAAAACAAAACAUUGCCAAGUCUAUUAUAAAUCCAAGCACAACUUCAAGUAUUGGACAUUUACUGUGGGGAGGGAAAGAUGCUCCUGAAGACUUGAUCUAUGUAGAAGGUUACUCUGACCCUGCCAAUACUCCAUGUAUGCAACACUUAUCUCUCCCUCCCAAAACAAAAGAUAUUGAUUUAGAAGCUGUUCAGCGCAACUGGGAUAGAUUCCAGAAGCUUACUAGCAGUGGGAAAGACCCAUGGAAAAAUUACACAUUUUUAAUGGACACAUCAGGAGUUCGUAACUUUCCUUUUGAGGUGAAGGUGCGCCUUAUAUGGCCUCACUUGACUAAUAUCAGCGAUCAGAUUGUUAAAUUUCCUUUGACUCAAGUAGGGAAUACGUCCUAUUCCACUGUGGAGAUCAUUAACUCUGCUUCGUCAGCAAUUCUUCUUCAUAUUGUCCUUGAAGACGACUAUCCAGGAGUAAAUGACUUAUUCACUGCUCUUCCCCCAAAGUUCCUACCAACUUGUGCAGAUUGUAAAGGCAAAGGAAAGAAAAGCUUUGGAAUUAAAACACAAGAUGUGAAAUCGAAUGAGGAGUCUACUCUGCUCAAGGAGGCAGGGGUUCACCCAAGAACAGUUCUGCUUCUUUUAGGUCCACUACAGUCCACAAGAGUAUUUGUGACUUUUACCCCGGAUGAGACCGGAACUAGCAGCUCUAUGCUAAUAAUACGAAAUAGCCUGACUGUGAUGGAAGUUUUGAUGUUGAAGGGUAAGGCUGCAAAACCACAGUUUAGAUUUGGGAAUCAGCACCCUGGUUCACCUAUCCCCCUAACUUUUGAUCUUCCUGAAAAACUUCUUCAGGAAUGUAAUAAUGUAAGGAAUCAACCACUUCCAAGUCGAGGUAAUAAAAAAAACAUGAGUAAUAAUGAAGAUAAUGAUGAUUAUGAGGAAGACGAAGAUCUGUUGGAUGAAGAGAAUGAUGAGUCUUUGGAGGAUUUGUAUUCUGUCCCAUUUCUGACUGUUAAGAGACUGUUCACUGCCCGUAACAGUGGCAAUCUGCCUAUUACAGUAUCAUCUAUGUCAAUCAAUGGAUCUCCCUGUGAAGGGAAUGGGUUCCAUAUUAUAGAUUGUCAGCCGUUCAGUCUCCAACCAAAUGAGGGAAAACGCAUAGAUAUUGCACACACUCCCGGCUUCACCUUUUCACGAAUUAGGUCACUGUUGGAAUUUCAUACAAGCAUGGGGUUUCCUGUUAAUUUUACUCUGGAGUCGUUUGUACCCCCAGAGUAUCUCCGACCCUGCUAUGCAGCAAUGCCAAGGCCUCGCUGGGAGGCAUUUUUAUUGCUUUCAUCUACUUGUAUGAUGAUGAUGCUCCUAGUUUGUGUGAUGGUUGCUGCAUUUCUAGACACUGAUAGAAUUAUGCAAACAUCAUUUUUUAGUGCAGCCACACUUCAACCACUCCUAGAUUUAAAUCUCAUUGACGACAGCAUGUUUGAAACAAAUGGGGAUGAUGAAGACGAAGCAGAGGUUGUGGCAAAGCGACAUCCAGUUCUUGACGAGACAUCUCCCAUAGAAGUGGAGAGCACGCCUAUGGCACAAACUCUUAAUGCAUCUGCUGUUGGUGCUCCACUAGUCCAGACUUUGGUAUCAACACAGGGUCCCACCCAAGGGCCUUAUCCAGGAUCAUCUCAAGGAUCCUCUCACAGUCAUCCUCAAGUUUUCCAUAGUGGCUCUCAGGGGCCACUUGUGUUUGGUCAUGGCAGUAACUUGCGGCACUCUCAUUCGCAAGGGAUGUCCCAUUCGCACUCUUCAUCAUCAUUGUCUUCUUCGUCUGCUUCACACCACCACCAGCAGCAAAACCAGCAGCAACAGCAACAACAGCAGCAACAACAGCAGCAGCAACAGCAGCAACAACAACAGCACCACCAUCACCAUCACCAGCCUCAACAGCACCACCAUCACCACCACCACCAUCACCCACCCCACUCUCACUCCCACAAGUCACGAGGGAGUGGGACGUGGCUUGGGUGGGUGAAAAGCUUUUUCUACCCCAUGUUCAAGGAGAAGUCCAAAGGCAGAAACUCAUUCAUUGCAGCUGCCCAAGCAGCCGCUGCUCAAGCAGCUUUUUCUCAAGCUAUAGAAGAAGAGGCAAAAGAGACAAAUGCCAUCACAACUGCUGCCACCAUUCAGCGUGGGGGUAAGAAGAAGGGCCCUAAAAGGGAUCCACCCCAUGAAGAAUACCAUGGCAGACGACAUGGGCGUCAGGGGAAGCGCAGAGGUGGCAACCAGGGAGGGGGUGGAGGAGGAGGCGGUGGGGCUCGACCCUAG